AGGAGUCUCCCCCCUUAAAUGGUUGUCCCAGUCGAUCGUUCAGUGAAUUUGAAAUCAGUCUGAUACCAGAGAAGAAAUGGAUGUCAAGGCGCAGGAGAAACAGAAUGAGAUUGUACGUCGGAAAAUGCUUGACGUACGGGAUAUGAAAAUAAUGGAAUGUCCAACGGACUCACCGUGGAUCAGACCCAUUCGGCUGCAUUAUCAACAAGAUGGCGAACGAAGGGAUUGGGACGUGGUGAAGGUGCACGACGGCGUGAGCGUGAUUAUUUUCAACACGAGCAGGAAGAAACUUGUAUUUGUCAGACAGUUCCGUCCAGCUUUCCUGUACACGAUUCUACCAGAGGCAUGUGGACCGGUAGAUUUGGAAAAGUAUCCGCCUAAGUUGGGUUUGAGCUUGGAGCUCUGUGCCGGUAUCGUAGAUAAGGAUCAGCCACUUGUCGAGAUCGCGAGAGACGAACUCAGAGAGGAAUGCGGAUACGAAGCACCUGCAGAAACUUUUAAAUUUAUCAAUACUUUUCGGUACACUGCCACUGCCGUCUACAAGAAUACACUCUUUUAUGUAGAAGUGACAGAUGAGAUGCACAUUCACCCUGGAGGGGGUGCUGCAUCUGAAGGGGAACUGAUUGAAGUGGUGGAUAUGAGCAUCCCUGAAGUAAAAGAAUACAUCGAUUCUGAGGAGUUACAAAGUCCCCCAAGUUUUCUAUAUGGUUUCACCUGGUUUCUCCUUAACAAACCUGAGCAUUGUUCUUAACGUACACUUAAAUCUAUUUAAAAGUUGUUCAAAAUAAGUAUAACUGAUCUGAACUCUAAAUAAAAGGCUUAUCAUUUAACUGAUUUUAUUUACAAAGAACACAUAUGUACAUAAGUGAAUGUGAGAGAGGUGUAUGGU